AAUGCUCUGCGAAGCAAUCAAAUGGUUCCCUGCCUUCGCUGUCAUUAAUGUAUUGGUCCAGCAGAAAACACACCUUCAACAACCUUGAACUUUCACAAAUGUAAACAUGACGUUUUUAUUAAAAACAUUAAGAAUAAUAAAAUAUAAACUAUCCUACAGACAUGUCCGCUACAUGUCCUCAGAAACUUUUGACUUCAACACAUUUGUUGCCAAAAAUGAGCCGAUGCCAACAUAUUCCCCUGGCACCAAGGAGAGGAAUCUUUUAGAUGCGUGUGUGGCGAGCUAUGAAUGUAGGAUCCGCGACAUACCCAUUGUCAUUGGUGAUGAGGAAAUACGCACAGAGGGAGAACGCUACCAAGUUUGUCCGUUUGAUCAUGAAAGGAAGGUAGCCAGAUACUACUAUGCCCCCAAGCCUGUUAUACAAAAAGCCAUUGUCAGUUGCCUGUCAGGAAGAAAAGCCUGGGAACGGACCCCGCUGGCAAAACGAGCCGAGAUUUUCUUGCGUGCUGCAGACCUCAUGUCCAACAAGUACCGCUAUGAUCUGCUGGCUACUACUAUGUUGGGACAGGGAAAGAACAUCUGGCAGGCAGAGAUUGAUGCUGGUGCAGAGAUUAUUGAUUUCCUAAGAUUUGAUGUGCAGUUUGCAAGAGAGAUUACAGAAUAUAAACCAAUCAGUCCAAACCCUGAGGAAUUGAACAGUAUUAAAUACAGAGGAUGUGAGGGUUUCUGGGCAGCUAUUACUCCGUUUAAUUUCACUGCUAUAGGUGGACAUCUGCCUAUGGCUCCAGCAUUGAUGGGCAAUGUCUGCCUGUGGAAGCCGUCCGACACCGCCCUCCUGUCCAACUAUCUGGUGUACGAGAUAUACCGAGAGGCUGGGCUGCCAGCCGGUGUCAUAAACUUUGUACCGGCAGACGGUCCGGUAUUUGGUGACACAAUAACUGCAUCUCCAGACUUGGCUGGCAUCAAUUUUACCGGAAGUGUUAAGACAUUCAGUCACCUGUGGAAACAAGUAGGAGCUAACAUUGAGACCUACAAGAGUUACCCAAGACUGAUAGGAGAGUGCGGUGGCAAGAACAUGCACUUUGUGCACUCAUCAGCCAAGAUUGACCAAGUGUUCUAUGGAGCUGUACAGAGUGGCUUUGAAUAUGGAGGACAGAAGUGCUCUGCACUAUCAAGGAUGUACAUCCCUGAGUCAAUGUGGCCGACAGUGAAGGAGAACCUAGUCCAGAUCCAUAAGCAGCUGAUUGUGGGGACACCACUGUAUGGGGAGACGUUCAUGUCAGCCGUCAUUGAUGAAAAGGCAUUUGCAAGGUGCAUGUCAUAUCUGGAUUAUGCAAGAAAGUCUCCCAAUGUGUCCGUUGUUGCUGGGGGCAGGUGUAAUGACAGUAAGGGUUAUUUCAUCGAACCAACAUUCUUAGAAACCAAAGAUCCUAGAGACAAGCUCUUUCAAGAGGAAAUAUUCGGUCCCAUAGUGACAAUUUAUGUCUACCCGGAUGCAAAGUAUCGAGAGACGGCCGUAUUGGCCAGCAAGACGUCACCAUAUGCUCUCACUGGGGCGUUGUAUGCAGAAGAUAAGUCUGUACUUGAUGAGUUGUCAGAGAUUUUUGAAGAUAGUGCGGGCAAUUUCUACAUUAAUGACAAAUCUACAGGGGCUGUGGUUGGACAGCAGCCGUUUGGAGGAUCCCGCUUGUCAGGCACUAAUGACAAGGCUGGUGGCCCCUAUUAUCUGCUCAAGUUCCUGUCACCUCAAUCCAUCAAGAGACGCACCGUGCCUAAGACCACCUGGAAACACCCUUCCAUGGCUGUUAACUCACCAGGAAAAAUGGAGGUGAAUAAAAAAUCAUUCCCUCAUGUGACAGAUUAAGACUUAGAGAUUUCCUUGAAAAUCACCUUCUUCAUUGUGACAGAAAAAAACUCCAAGAAUUGAACAAACAGCACUGGUCCUGAGGAAUAUCUUAAUUCAGUAUUGUGGAGGCCGUGUUUAUUAUUACUGUAUAUAAUCAGCUUGUUUACUCAGGAACUAUGUUUAGGCUUACAUGUACCUGUAGUAUGAUCAUUUAUUUUUUAAGGUAUUUCCACUUCAAACAUGCCUUAGAAAAAAAAAUUGAAAAAAUACUCCUCACACAGCCUAUAUUCCGUUCGACCAACAUGUAACCAUGGAGACUAUGGUGGCAUGCGUGGCCGCCUUUCUGUGAUCAUAGACUGUUAAAUUUUGCAAUUAAAUGUGCUUCAAUUUUUAGAUUUAACAAUGUGUAUUGAGUUUGUUUUUGAGUUUUUAUUCAUACUAGCCGUGCAACUUUAGCCAAACAAAUUUUAGUUAAGAGAUUAAAGUACACUAUGUACAGAUUGGCUUUAAUGAUGAACUUCUCGAAGCGCUAUCAGGAUUUCUUCUUUCCUUAGCACCAUGUAUAAAAGUGAAUAGUAAUUUUGUAAAUUACCAUAUAUAUAUAUAUAUAUAUAUAUAUAUAUAUAUAUAUAUAUAUAUAUAUAUAUAUAUAUAUUAAAUAUAUUUCAAGGAGGUCUAUAAGCAGUACCUAUGAAUAGAUUUUUUCUAAGUAAGGAUAAUUUGAUUUUAUUUAUAUGGCACUGUUCUGUAAUUUCUAGAUUUACUUAAAUUAAUUUUCCAUUUCAUUAUUACAUUAAUAUAGUAUUCCUAUGAAGAUGUCAAGACAAUGAUUUGUUUUAUCAUAAUUUACAUAGUAUUCAAAUUAGUUUUGACUUAUUGUUGCUAUUACUUCAAUUUGAACAUUUUGGUCACAAAAAUAUUUAUAAAAAAAAACAUGUCGGUUAAUUGUUUAAGAUGGUUAUAUUUUAGAAAUAAACUAUUACUCUUAAAUAUUUAUUUAUGGUGUACGUAUUAUAUAACAAAUAGAACAAAUUUAUAAAUCAGCUAUGGAAUUUCAAAUGUUUUACUAUUUUUAAUGUUGUUUACUUGUGUUUUUUACAGUAAGAAAAUUAUUUUAUUUUUAUAUUUUAUGUUUUGCUGUUUAUAUUCACAUUGAACAAAACUGUAUGUUUUCAUAGACUACCAGUAAAUCAUUGAAUCUCUGUGCCCUUUGCGACGUUAAUGUAUUUUGCGAUGAUUUUUUGUUAUUGCAUACAUGUUUUGCUUUUGAAAUUAAAAAACUACAACAUU